AUGGACAAGAUAUUGGACUCAGACCGUUUGCAGCCUUAUAAUGGCGACAUAACCCUAAAGCGGGCCAGCUGCUCCCGUAAAAAUCACUCUGCUCGUGAGCAAACCCCGAAAGAUUCAUCGAAUCUGGCCGUACGAGGCGAGGGAUGUGUGCCUCCCCAUGAGCACCUUGUACCCUGCCGACUGUCCUUGAGGAAUCCCCGAAAUUCAAUAUCCAGUACACCUGAUGAAUGCCCGUUCUUAGUUAUUCCGGAUUCCAUUGUCUUUGACAAAGUGGUUCAAGGAAUUGCAUACACAAAAAAAGUUGUCCUUCGUAAUCGUGAGAACGUCAGGAGGCGAUUGCGCCUCGAAAUAGACUCCAAAAGCCCAUUUCGGCUCUCUCUUCCAGCGUAUCAUCGAGAUGGAGCUCUCACACAAGAACCGUAUAGUCGCAACCAAAAGUCGCCAAAUGGGUGUCGGGUCUUCGGAGCGAUAGCGACGGGAAUGUGCGUCCAGUUCUUGGUUUCCUUCUCUGCAACUUCUUCCGCUCCUGAUGCAACUGGCUUCAUAGAGCUACACACCGAGAAGGGCGCGUUCGCUAUUCCGAUUAUUGCUCGCAAGGAACCUCCCGUGUUACUUUCUUUGCCUCGUGUCCUCCAUUUUGGCGCUGUGCGCCCCGGAGAGUCGACCUGCCGGGACACAGUGCUCAAAGUCGACGACCUCACACAUACGUGGGCUACUAGUUUUGAUGUUACCUUUUUUGAAGAGGGGGGCAAUGCUGCUUUGAGGACCUUCAUAGUACCAGCAAAGCCGGCCCCAUGUUGUCAGCACGCUGAAGAUCCAUCCCCUCUGUUAAAAGCCUCCAAAGCAGCAGAACAAGCUGAUUGUAUAAGCUUCCUUUUAAAUCAUGGCAGGCGAAAGGACGAGGAUACGUUCAUGGUAGCAGAACGAGAGGUGCUCUUGCUGCAAGGGCGGAAGGACCCGUCACUCUCUAUCCGAUUUUCCCCAAGAGAACCUGGUCUUUUUAGAGCUACCCUGUUGCUUAUUCUUUCCGAACGAAAGGUCUCUGCCGAGGCUCGGCCUGAGCCGCUUGGCGUGGUUGAACUGCAAGGGAUCGCCGACGCGGCCGCGCUCACUCUAAAGGAGUUCUGUGGCACUCAGUUGCCCAUGGAACUACUCACACCCCUGGUAGAUCAACAGAUUCCCCAAGGGCAUACGCUAUUAGGAGGAGCUGGUACUCAGACACCAGCCCUGGCAUGCGACAACGCAGCUGGAAUAGGGUUAGCAGCAGGUGCGAUAACACGGCCUGCAGGCGCACUACAAGAGGAUGAGUUGCGGCAGCUUCAGGAGUCGUACGAGACUGCGCUUUGCCUGACGGCCAAAGAAACUCUGUUUCCACAAGUCGUUGACUUUGGAUAUACCUUAAUGAUGGGAGUCCUUAAGUGUGCUCUCCUCUCUCCUUUGGUCUACCUGAAGGGUCUGAGUGCUCCAAGCUGCCCCUGCUUAAAUGCCAAAGAGAUAAAUAUGCAACGCGAUACGAACGAUAGCAUGGCGGCACCACCCCUGCGCUGGAUGCCGCUCCUCGCUACUCCCAAGAAGAUAUGUCGUCAGCCGAAUGGAACUUCCUGCACUCAAGCCGUGGAGACAUCUCAAGCUGCGGAAGCAGAGCAGAGAGAGUGGGAGAUGCUGCGAUUCCAGAUGCGCCUCAAAAUAGAUCGCCCCCGUGUGGUGCUGCUCGGGCCCCUUCCUGAAGGAACAGCACCUUAUGUUGCGCGCCUCAGACCUGGAGUCGUGCAGAGUAUCGCCUUAAGAGCUCGAAACGAGGGACGUUCUAAAGUGCGUUUGGCAGUGCGACGCGACGUUAGGGGCUUGAAGGCCCGGUGGAGGAUCCCCUACGCGUGCUGUGGCAGUUCGAGCAGCGGCAAGCCACCUGGCGAGGACCCUAAGACGGCGUGGCUUCUCCGUGUCGACGAAGAACAGCUGGAGGCGCUGCAACGAGAACAAGACUUGGCAAGUGUAGACCCUAGCCCGUCACUUGUGCCCCCCCUGUACAUCCAGCUUCGUGUCGUGGGUCUAGGACCUCAGCCAUUCGGGUACUUUUGCAUUUCCCCAAAAGGAGGGACCCCUCUCUGCCCUGGAGCGGAAGAGGCACUCAUUCUUCGGGUGCUGCCACUCUGUUGUGGCUCAUUCUCCGCGAGCGUUGCUAUAUCCGUGCUCCCUCCGGCCUCAGAAGACAGUGCAGAGCCGGACGAAGCAGAGCUUGUAGAACAAGCGCGCUUGAGCUACCCAGUGUCUGUUGAAGUGGCUGUUCCUCGUGUAUCUGCAAGUUGGCCGCCUGUCCUCGAUUUCGGGACGGUGCGAGCACAUAGCAGGACAACGCGCGCCCUGUUGCUCUACAAUCCCGCACCGGCUCCCGCCAUCGCUCGCAUCCGCAUCCUCAGUAGCGAAACCACCGCAGAUGCUGCAACAGCCCAGGGAGCGACGCUGGAGAUGCAAUCGAUGGCAGGCGAGUUUCCCUGCCACUUUGGUUCCUGCCUUCUCAGGGGCCCCUCCGCGGGGGCCUUUGCCCCACCGGCGACCGCAGUCUGUGAGCCAAGCACAGAAAAAGGCACGGAAUCGGCGGAUCCCACGUGCAGCGUUGGGGAAGCCGCCCCACUUGCAAACCCCAAAGUUCUACCAGGAAAAGAAGAACCGGAGACGUCCAGAAGAAGCAGCAGCGGACUUCGCUGCUGCUCUCCAUGCGGAAACUGCGCGUGCUGGUGCGAACUUGAAACGGAGGGCCCUGCAUUGUGCAAUAAAACCUUCAUGCCCAAUAACACACCUAGAAGCCUCGAAAGUGUAGCCGUCAGCCAACAAGCAGACCUGUUCGCAGCCCACCCUGUAUGCGCUGUAGGUGGCGGCGAAGAAGUGCAACAGCAGCAACAAAACGUCCUUCUGCAUCACUUGAAAGCGUGGAAACAGCAGCAAACAUUGCAACAGGGUCUGAGAAAACCUUUGGCAGCAGUGAUUGGCAUGUCUGGCCGGGUAAUAGCGUAUCCAGGGCAUGUUGUACUACCCCCUGGAGGACAUGGCGUGUUUUUGCUGAUAUUGCGGGCGUCUCACCCCCAAGAAAUUGACUCACAUAUUUUUGUAGAAACCUUAGAAGGAGGACAACCUGUGGUAGUAUCCAUAAGGGCGAAAGUCACGCUUCCAAAACUUCGCCUAAGCUCGCACCUUUUGGAGCUUCCCCGACUCUUUUUAAGGCAACCAAUGAUGCUGAAAAAGCAGCUAACGGUGUACAACGACUCCGAUAUUCCAACCAAGAUACGGUGGACGUCCUUAGCACCAAUGCAUCAUAAGGAGCAGGAGCAAGACCAGUUGCGGCACAGCGCUUGUGGGGAGGGACCUCAUAGUUGUCAAAGUGACCAGGGCGGCUUGCUAGUCUCCCUGAGUCCGGCUGAGUCUAUCCUGCGAGAAAGAAGCUCAGUGAAUGUAGAUAUUUGCUGCGUCGGCCUCUGUGCUGGCACCCGCUUGGAAACCAAGGCUUUCUGCAAGGGAGACAGCCUGCUGGUGCCCCUGCAGGUUUCUCUGGCCGGCGCCUGCAGCGGCGUCUCCGUCACAUACGCACUGUUCACCCAACAUCAACUAGUGGCCGCUGCAUGUCUUCUACAGCAGCGAACUCGACAAAACAAGAGCCAGGAGCGCUCAAGCACGCACCCUGAUGCAGCUGUAGAGCAGCACACUCAUAUUAAACAGGAGCACAAGCAAACACCGUUUGAGAACAGACAGCAACGAAAAUCAGACAUCGAGUGUACAAGUGCCAGCGAGGAAUUAGACUGGGGAGUAGAGGCUGUUGAAGUACUUCAGGCUAGCGGUAUUGGCACGUGGGGUGCCUUGGAGUGCGGUGUUUCCAAUUCGCGGGGAAAUAGUGAGGGAUCACAAGAGCUGGCGCUUCCGAAGCUGCAUGCCGGAGGUGACUCUGCGUUCGUGUACCUCCUAGCCAUUAACAACUCUCCGAUACCUGGAGCUCUUCAGGUAGAGGCAUUCACAGGGCAAGCGCCGCAGCAGUCGCUGCAGAAGCGGCAGCUACAUGCGUCAGCCAUUCGACACCCCAGCUUGUACGAAGAGGGGAGGCCAGUAGGAGCCAGCAUGUGCCCGGAUUGCAGUGGAGCCAAUGCAGAGUGGAGUUGCAGCAACAGCCGCAGCCUUGUAUUGGGAACGGCGCGUAGAUCCUCCUGCUCCAGCACUCCCACCACCAACAGCCUCAACAGCGCAAACAGUAUUGAAAUAGGCUAUGCUUCAUCGCUGACAGCAGAAGCCUUGCUGAUUCAAGCGGCAUCCUUCAAGGCUCCUUCGGAGCUGAAACAAUUGUUGCCGCACACAUCUGCUGCACAGUCUCUGGCCUUCAAGACAAAGUCUGGUGUGUAUACCCUACAGGCCGCUGCCGGGCGGCAGCGGCGGCAGCAGCUGCUAAGGAUGACUGAAGAUGGCGUGCUGAUCAUUCCACAUCCUGAAACCCCAUGUGAGCUGCAGCAGCACCAAGCCGUGCUCCUGGCCAUCGAAAUUUUUGGUGCAGUGCCUGCGGACUAUGAAGGCAUGCUUAGGCUUGGCUUAGCGCCAUCCGAGCAUCUGCAGCUUCCGUUGAAGGACCCCCAAUGGGCACAGGAGCAGUGCCAGGUGCUGAUCCCAGUAAAAAUUCCGGUUUGUGGAUCCUUGUUGCUCCUGCCACCACUGCAGAAAUCAAUCCGUUACCGCGAGUGCGAGCCGCCGCUUAUUACUGCGCAGAUAAGCCUGCAGCAGCCCCUCAUUGCGGCACAGCUGCAGAAGGAGCAGACAGCACUCCAGCGGAGCGGUGUUGUAGCUUGCUAUCGAAAAACCGCUUUACUGCUGCCACUAAAAGGCACCAAGAAAAACACAGAAUGGCUUUUCGCGACUGCAGCAACCGCCGAGGAGCAGCAGCAGAAGCAGCAAAACGAGACCCGGCAAAAGCUACGCCGACAGAGGCACGACGAAGAAGUGCGUGUGAACUUUAAAGUGGAAAACAACAGUAACCAAUGGCUGCAAGUCAACUGGUCGCUCUUUGAUCUCGGCCUCUGGGAAAUGCAAAGAAUGCUGCAGCAGCGACUCCAGCAAGCUGCAGCAGUACGGGAUGCUGCCCUUGAGGCACUGCGACAGCGCGCAGUAGAAGCUGCACGUGAGGCUGCAGCUGCGGCAAGCGUCGCAGCUGCAGCAGCAGCAAAAGCAGAAGCGGCCACAGUAGCGUCUCAUUCGUCAAGCCCUGCGCCUCCGAGAAAGCCAGGGAUGCUGCAAACAAGCAAGGCACCCUCUCUGUCAUCAGCUCUAGUAGCUGCAGCGGCUGAAGCUGCUGCAGCUGCUGAGGAGGCGGCUCUGAAGGCGACAGAGGCAGCGACAGCAGCGGCGGAUGCCGGCAUAGAAGAGGGCAGCCGCGGGUGGGAAGUGCUAGCUGGAAUAGUGGCAGAAGCCAUGGCAUCAACGACUUCACACAUGGCAAAUGAGGAGCAUGCCCCAAAAGAAGAUCAGCACCAAGAAAUCGAACCGCCACUUAAGCCCAUGGAAGAGAGGCCCGAGCAAGAAGCUGCUAGUGCACCCAGAUCAGCACCGAAAAUGGCGAUGGAGAUAGAAACAGCUCUGAGGGCCGAAAUAACAGCACCUGAAGGUGCCACACACCAAAGUGCUGCCGCGAUGCCUUCUAAAGCAAAAGAUGCUGCAAUAUCCCUAAAUAAUAGGGCUGAAGGGGUGGCACCGACUCCGCAUGCGGCUCCAGCGACAAAAACACAGAUCGACACGGAGCUGCUGCCACCACAGGAAUACUUUGUGAGGGAGUGGAUGCCGCUUUCUGCUGAGGCAAGGGGCAUUGCAGCUGCCUCAGUAGUCCUACGGACUCACAGGGCCUCUGUGCCAGCCGGACAAACACCCCACGACGCAGCUGUACCGAAAGCAAACGUGAUUAAACAUGCUGACUCUCCUGCUGCUGCCACAUACGAGCAAGUGGAAGACGAGUUUGCUGAACCAGAACCACUUAGACAAGGACGAACAGCAGCAGCAAACGACGGGCUCAGGGUUGUUACAGAAGGCUUUGUGUCUGGCCCAGAAGAAGAGUCGAGCAGCAGCAGACGCAGCAAUCUGGGCAGCAAUAGCGGGAACCGCAGAAAAAAGCCAGAACAGUUUUCUGAAAGAGAGGGGCCUAGUGCUUUGGGCCCCAUCCGUGGAGAUAGAGCGGAAACACUCCUUACCGAGGUGAUCCCACCACUCUCCUGUGCACCCCGCAUAGAGCCGUGUAAAGCGAUUCUGGCUCCUUUUGAGAGCCUGGAAGUAUCCCUUCACUGUGGACUCUUGUUGGCAGCCACGGGAGUUCACAGGCUGAGAGCUAUAGCCCACGCAGUACCUCUCGCUGCAGGGAAGGCCUUUGCAGCACACGACGCAUCACCUGCAGCUGAAUGCCCUUCGGGGCAGACGACACCGGUGGGGUCGAGCACCCAAGUAACGACACAUGAAACUGAAUCGCAAAGGCAGCAGCAGCAAACGAUGCAGCAUGGAUUCGCAUCACGGACAGAAUCAGGCAAAGGUCAAGCUGUAGUCGGGUGCACGUCCAGCGCAGUAGACAAGCAGAAGGAAAAGACUUUUAGAAACACUACAUCAGCUUUUCCAUUGGUUUGGCCGUAUUCCCAGCAGCCACUAUACACGGCAUCGGAUGCAAAGCUUCAUAGCGUUGAGCAGCAGCGUACUGGCACUAUGCCUGGUCCUCAUGUUGCUACCAGUGCCACCAGAACUGGUGCAGGUCCGACGCCUAUUACAGCAUUGACAGCCACACAGCGUUCUGAUGCUGAACCACUUAUCGUGGACUUUUGCAUUGAAACAAAGCCCCCAUGUUUUCGUUUGAGCUCCAAAGGCGAGAGCCAUGGAGAGGCAGCGGCGACGGAGGGAACAGUCACACCGCCUAAAGGUACUGCGCGUCUUGGUACUGUGUGGUUCACCGCGUCCCCAGUAACAAACGGAAGCAACGGACAAAAGGCUGACGUCUCGGAGGGCUUAGUCCUUCGGGAAGUGCUGCUGGAGCCACUGCCAUACUGCAACUCCAUUCGCUGCGGUGUCAGCCUGGAGGGCAAAGCUUUCAAGCUAUUCCAGGCAAAAGUGCAGGACCGGCACCAGCAGGAGAAGUUUCUGCCGCAGCAGCAGCAAACACUCCACCACCAUCCAGAGGAUCGUCUGAUGUUCACGAUUAAGAAGGGCCAGCAGCUAAGACUGGUUGUGGGGUUUUUGCCUCCAACGAUUUGCGAGCUGACGAGGGAAUCCAAGACAAACUGCACCGGCAAGAUCUCUAUCUUUCUCCCUGGAGUUUCACCGCUAAGCAGUACUCAGACAAACUCACCACACGGGCCUUUUCCGGUCUGUCCAACGUUGACAGAAGAGCAAGCAGCGAUAGAAGAGCCACUCUGCCACACCCUGCUGAGUGGCAUUUUGCGAGUCUUGCGUCCUAAUGAAGAUCCGAGGCCCUUAUUGUCACUAGGGUUGGCAGCCCUUCAGCAGUAUCACUACCAACAAGCACCGCCUUUGGAAGCUGCCAAAGCACUGCAACAGGUCCAGCAGCAGGUUCUGGUCCAAGGCCUUAACACUGCGUGGCCGACUGUUCCGGCAGCAGCAGCGGCAGCUAUUCUCGAAGGAGGAGCAAGCUCCAGUCAGAAGGCGUUUGGUGUGUCAGCAGCCUUGCAAGCAUCAGAUCAAUCAGCGGCUGCGGAAGCAGGACCUCCAGAGUACACCCAGACCAUCGCCCUCGUGGGGAUUUGCAGGCAGUCCCUCAUACUAAUGUGGUGUCCUCCUGAUGAAGGCGAAAAGGAGACUCACCGCGAAGAAAAGAGGGGUUCAUGGGCUGCGCAUUGCGUUCCCAGCGACCCCCUGGUCAUAAACUUCAGCACCACACAUGUGCAAGCCAGAAAAUAUCCGGCCAAACUGCUCCAUCUCAGGGCUGUCUCUGGGACACCUUCAAGAUGGCAGGUCGAAGAGUGUCAGAGCAGUGAAAAGCCUGACGCUGCCCCUGCUACAAUGCCAGUCCACAUGGUCAGUGCUUUCUUCUACUGUUCAGUCUCAACCCACGCUGGACACCACAAGUCUCUUUUUAGGAUCUCGGCAGAUCUUGCAGCAGCGCCGCAGUACGUAGAACUACGGGGAUAUGCGACAACUGAUGAGACCUUUGAUGUUUGCGCCUCUUUGGGCAACCUCGCAGAGCCCCCAUACCAAUGCAUUCCCUAG